AUGUUCCAGAACACUUUCCAAAGUGGACUUCUGUCGAUCUUGUACAGUGUCGGCAGUAAACCUCUUCAAAUUUGGGAAGCACAGGUGAAAAAUGGCUACAUUAAGAGAAUCACAGACGCCGACAUUAACUCAUCGGUGUUGGAAAUUGCAGGGGUCAACAUCAGUACCACCUACAUCACGUGUCCUGCGGACCCCCAGAUGUCACUGGGUAUCCGACUACCAUUCAUGGUGAUGGUCAUCAAAAACCUUGAGCGGUAUUUCACCUUCGAAGUCCAGGUGAUUGAUGAUAAAAAUUUCCGCAGACGUUUUCGGGCCAGCACUUAUGUGAGCACGACAAGAGUGAACCCGUUCAACUGCACCAUGCCCUUGAACCUGAGCGACGGCUGGAACCACAUACAGUUUAACCUGGCGGACUUCACCAGGAAAACAUACGGCACUCAAUAUGUCGAGACACAGCGCGUGCAGAUCAACGCCAACUGUCGAAUCAGGAGGGUUUAUUUUUCGGACCAAAUGUACCCCGAGGAGGAGCUCCCACAAGAGUUUAAAAUUUAUCUGCCCAUCGAGCAUCAGCAGACCAGGAAGCAGACAGAACCUCAAACAGAAUCAGCCCCCCAAACAUGA